GCGCUGGAAAACCGCGAGUUAUAGCAUUAUUUUUGCGUAUAAAUAGCACAAAGGUGGGAAAGUAAGGAAUGUGUAAGAAAUGGCUCAAACGAAGGUAACGCGGUAUUAUGACACUAGAAAACGGAAGUUGGAUUUAAAGUUGUUCAAUUCUAAGCAGAAGACUCAGAAUGUAUUAGAAAACGAAGAACGUUGUAACUUGUUGAAAUCCACUGACUUUCACAUUCCAAGAAAAUCAUCAAAGUUUUUUAAUGUUUUGUAUCCUCAUACAAGCGUUACUGGUGACUGUGACAAUGAAAGUAACAAAGAUGUAACCUUAGGUUCUCCGUCAGGUUUGUUUAAUGAAACCAAGAGUAAAUCUAAAGACUGCCUUAUUGAUCUUGAAUCAUCUGAAGAUAAAAAUAGAAGAUGUAAAGCACAAGUAGCAGCAAAACUUUCAAAAUCCACAACUAUUAAAAUUGAAAAUCCAAAGACAUCUUCAACUUCAAAAAUAAAACGUAAGGUAGGAAAAAGGUCAGAAAAAAGAAUGGAUCUUUUAAUACUAAAGGUAAUAAAAAUAUUAAAGUUAUGUUUACCUCUAUUUCUUCAAAAAGUCUGGAAACUAUCAACCAGGAUAAAACUGAAGAAGAAAUAAAUAAAGAAAAGCUUGAGAGUGAAAUACAUGAAACCAAUUCAUGCUCCACUGAUGACCAUAAAAGAUAUGAUAUCUCUUUAGAACCAAGCUCGAGAAAUACUGAAAACGCAAGCAAAUUUAUUUGUGAAAAUGAUAUACUUGAUGUUUCAUACCAAACAAAUAUUCCAGUGUCAGCUGUGAAAACAUCAAAAAGAAAUGCAUCUGAGGAAGUUGAAGACUGUAACAUUGUUUCUAACAAGUAUUUGAAGAAACGGAAGUUAGUGGCAGAAAACUUUGAUGAUAUGAAGGAACCUGAGCUGUAUUCCAAGAAAAAUUCAUCAAAUAAUAAACAGUCAACAGCAAGAGAGUCUGCAUUAAAAGAAAUAUUACCAGAUGACAAGCAUUCAAAGUUUCCUUUUCAAGCUUUGGCUAACUUAACAGAAGAAUCAAGCUUACCAUUGGUGACUAAAGAACUGAAUAUUUCCAAAAUGAGAGAAAUUUGUACAACCAAGAGACUCAAAAUAUCUGAGCUAAACAAUAACAAAUUUGAUCAAACAAGAAUAGAAUCUUUAUAUCAGAAAAAAACCUUGAAAGAAACAGCUGGCCCAAAGCAAGAUGACAGGGAUGAUGUUAUUGAAAGUAUUCUUACUACCAAUAAACCUCCACCAAAACCUAUCUCACCAUUACAUUUAACUCCAAAGAAACUCCAAAUCUCUUCCACCUUGCCAGAAAACUCGAGCAGUAAAACAAAUUUAAAUGAAGUUUUAAAGGGUAAGAUAACACCUGAAGAAAUGCGAGCCAAAUUAGCAAAGUGUGGAAAGUUGUCAGAACUUCGAGAAUGCCUAUCUAAAAUUAAGAAAUGCUCAGCUGAGAUGAAGGAGUCCAAGCCUCAUCUUCAGACGUUUUCUUCCAUGGAAGUUACCGUUGAAAUUCAAUCACCUUCAAAAAAUAGUCCAUCUCCUAGUCCAGUAAAGAUAGCUCCUGAAAAACUGAUCCCAGCCUAUAAGAAAUAUAGUAGCCUUGCUGUUGACGAGCUACCAUCCCUCUCACUGCCAUACAAAUACAAAAUCCUUGCAGAAACUUUCAGAUGUACAGAAACAAUUGUCAGUAUGCUUCACAAUCGUCGAGAAGUUUGCAUAUUUGACAGACUUAAACACUCCGUUCAGAACAUGAUGAGAAGGAAUUUUGAUAAAACUCAUCUUGGGCAGAUAAUGGCUGUCUUUCCCCUUGCAUAUGUUCUGCAGCAGGAGAAAGGUCUGCAUACAUUCACAUCUAAGUCAUCAUCAUCUGGUUAUCAUCUCACUAUAGCACCAAAUUUUGACUACAGUUUUGAGAACCUGCAAAUAAUAGAAAAAUCAUCGAACAUUGUGAAAAAUUCAACAAAUCAACAACAGAAAAAUCCAAAAUUUAUGAAUCCCAGCUGCUUAUUAGAAAGAAAAAACAUUUUCCACAAGAAUCUGCUGGAAUUUGUAAUCAAGCAUCAUGAGGUAUGUUGUAUUAGUGAUUAG